AUGCCCGAAGGUCCCAAGGACGACGCCCAGCGUCGAGGUUCAGACAGCUCGAUGACAGAGCCCUCUUCUCCAGAUGGGCGCCGCAGGUCAUCUGCCGCCCAACGCUUUGGCAACCUUGAGAUGCUCAAGCGUCCUGCAGAUCCAGCAAGCGCUGAGAGACGUGUAUCUUUACACGACGCGUAUGGAAAGCCAGGCUUCUUGGGAACCAUGUGGAACAACUUCACGCGUGGCCCUUCUUCUGCGAGUCCUCCUGCAGUGCCAAAGGCAUCUGAGCCUCGAGACACGACCACUCUGCGCGGCUAAAGUGGAGACACCGACGCAAGGUUACCAUCUCAAUCUCUGAGUAGGAGAUGGAUUUAUUCUUGUCAAUUUGUCACACAUACAUGGUGGAACAAUUUUUCCUUCAUCAACUAUGGCAAGGGCGCUGAGUAGGCGUUGGUAACAGCCAUGUACAAUAUAUGUCAAUCAUCAAUUUAAGAAGCUUCGUUG